GCGGAGCUAGAGGGGGGGCCGGGGGGGCCAGUGCCCCCCCAGCCAUCUGAUUGGCCCCCCCAGCGGCCCCCCCAAAUGAUCGACAUGUCACGACACCCAGUCAUUCCUUCACAGUAGGUAGCACUAUGUACCACAAUGGGUUGUGACACUUGUGACUGUUGUGACUGCUCAAAAGCAGCAGGGGGCGAUAUGCACCAUUUACGUUUAUUGUGAUACACCAUUUGGACACAACAGAGUUGACCCAACAGAAGAAGAGAAGGAGAACCGCGAAGAGACGAUAGAGAAAUAUUGUACAGCUAAGAGGAAUACAGUCGAUUUGACUCCAAGACGGAUAAUCUGACUUCAAAGUUCCAUCAAAGGAGGAGUCUGAAAACACAGAAAGCUCUGCGCCUGACCAGGAUGAUGAUGAGCCAGAAGGGGCAAUUGCAGGAGAUACCACUGAUCUCUUCUCAGCAGUGUCCAGCACUCCUUUUGCUUUUCCAAAAGGACCCAGUGAUAUUUCAAAGUCAAAAGAACAGGGCCCUGUUCAGCCAAGUUUGACAAACUUCCCCAGAACUCAGCAUGGAACAAGAAAGAGAACUUUUCACAGCUCCUGGUACAAAGACUAUUCUUGGUUAGAAUAUUCUGUUAUUAAAGACUCCUCCUACUGCUUUGCCUGUAGGCAUUUUUCUUUGCCUAAUGCACCAGAUAGUGUCUUUGCUUCGCAUUCCGGCUUCAGUAAUUGGAAAAAGGCAUUGUCCAAGGAGUCUGGAUUUAAGCUUCACUCAAAGUUAGAGCACCAUGUAAAUGCAAUGUAUGCAUGGAGUCAAUAUAAAAGGGCUAAUGAGGGAAAUACAACCAUGCUAAAUUCUAUAAACACAAACCGGAAAAAAGUGGUGGAAGAAAACCGUUAUUAUAUUAAAACAAUAGCCGAUGUUCUUCUUUUGACUGCAACACAAAAUAUUGCUCAAAGGGGUCAUCGAGAGUCUCGGGACUCUAGAAAUAAGGGAAACUUUUUGGCUAUAUUGGAUGAAAUAGCAAAGCAUGAUCAGUUAAUUGAAAAAAAGCUUAGAGGAUGUGCCAAUGCAAAAUACACAAGUCAUCAAAUCCAAAAUGAAAUUCUUCAGGGCUUAGCAGAGAUGGUACAGACUGAAAUCAUAAAAGAAGUGAAGGAAUGUGAAGUGUUCAGUGUUAUUGCAGAUGAAACAAAAGACUUGCAAAAAAAGGAACAAAUGUCUUUGGUUGUACGAUAUUAUUACAAUGGUGUCAUCCACGAAAGCUUCCUAUGUUUCCAGGCAGCUGAAAGCCUUAAUGCAGCAGGUCUUAGUGCAAUGAUCAUUAGCUGUCUUGAGAAACAUGGUCUGGACUACAGGAAUAACCUAGUGGGACAGGGUUAUGACGGUGCAUCCGUCAUGAGUGGGAAGCAUUCUGGUGUAUCUGCCAGAAUUCAGAGCAAUGCCAGAUUUGCAUUUUAUGUUCAUUGUAACGCACAUUGCUUGAAUUUAGUCCUUGUUGAUGCUACCAAAGCAGUCCCUGAGGUCGUUGACUUUUUUGCACUUCUACAGCAGCUUCAUAACUUUGUGUCUGGCUCUUAUGUUCAUCUGAGGUGGCUUGACGUACAGAAAGAGUUGUAUCCAGCAGAACAACCCAGGGAGCUCCAGGCACUUUCAGAUACGAGGUGGGCCUGCAGGUAUACGGCAUGCCGUACCAUGAGAGACAGACUUCCAGCAGUUCUGAGAUUGUUGCAGGAUAUUGCACUUGAAAGAAAUGGCGAAAGAACAGUGGAGGCAAGGGGCCUGCUUCUUCAAAUAGAUAUCCAAUUUUUAGGUCUUUUGGUUACCUUUUGUAAAGUGCUUGGUGAUGCCAAAUGUCUUUCCGACAUGCUUCAGUCCAGCACUCUUGACCUAGCAAGAGCUGUAGAUCUAGUAGGUGCUCUUAUAGACACUUUCCAGGACUACAGAAAUGAAAAGUACUUUGAUGAACUAUGGAAAGAGGUUGAGGAACUUGCUGAGAAGAGCAAAAUCAGUGUAAAAAUUGACAGAAGAAAUCCAAGAUUAAGUUCAAAAUUUCUUGACUCACUUGUAAUGAGCACUAUAGGACAGAGAAAAUGUGAUGACGAGGGCUUCCCCAGACCACUCUUUAAUCAGGUGCUUGACUGUCUCAUAGCGGAGUUAAAGAGGCGUUUUUCAAAGAAAAAUUGUGAGAUCAUGCAAGGAGUGCAGUCCCUAAACCCCAAAAGUGCAACUUUCUUGAAUGAGGAGCCUCUGAUUGCUUUUGGACAUAUCUUUGAGUCAGAUUUAGAUGACCUGAAACAUGAAGUGCACCAAAUAAGGCGUUUGCUUGAUCAGAGAAUAAAGAGUGAUUUAGGCACACCUUCUACUUUGCUUGAUUUUAUUCUGUUUCUUGAACCUUAUAAAGAGGUUUUACAUGAAUUAUUCAGACUUUGCAAGAUUGCAGUAGUUAGUCCAGUUAGUACUGCUUCUUGUGAGAGAAGCUUUUCUGCUUUAAAAUUAAUUAAAAGUUACCUAAGGACAACAAUGGCUGAUGCCAGGCUAAGUCACAUUGGAACACUUAGCAUAGAGUCAAGGAGGGCACGGGGCCUCAACAUGGAUGACUUUGUAACAUAUUUUGCUUCAUCUCACAACAACCGAAGGAUUUUACUUUUAUGAGUGCAUGAAGAAGUCUUGUGUUUCUCGUCAUGAUUUGGGUCUUCACCGACUGGUACUUGUACCAAUGAUAGUUUAGGAGUCAGUACAUUUGGUCAUAGCUGCAUUAAGUUUGAAAAUAAAAUGCACAUGUAGCAUCUAUUAAAUAACAGUUUCCAUAACAUACAACCUUCUUUUUUGAGAUAUUGUAAUUGUGAACUGUGUGACACUGCAUUCUCAUUGUAAGUCUUGUCUUGUUACAAUGGUGUCAUUUAGAGGUUAAUGUCCACUUAUGCUUUGUGUGGCAUGCAUUGAUAAUAAACUGCAAAUUACAUGAGCAAA